UUAAAUAAAGAUUUGUCCUUGGAGAACGGAGCUCAUGCUUUCAGUCGGGAAGUGAAUGGAUGUCUAGAAAACGGGAGCCAGACAAAUGGUGAGGACCGCAGAGUGGAAAUAGCAGAGAAAAAUAAGUCCCCCAGACGUGUUUCCAAACUUUGCAUGCUCAGGAGAAGCAAGUCCGAUGGAGAAACAAAAUCUGAAGUCUCAUGUAGCCCCAGGAUUACAAGGCAAACUACUAGGCAGAUCACCGUCACAUCUCAUUUCACAAGGGGCCCUGCCAAACGGAAGCCUGAGGAAGACCCUGAAAAAGCAAAAUCAGAUGAUUCUGUCGAUGAAGAAGAAAAAGACCAGGAGGAAAAGCGACGUAGAGUUAUAUCCAGAGAACAAGUUGCUGGACCGUUUCCUGCAGAAGAACCGGGAAGAGUAAGACCAGGAACACACAUGGAAGAAGAAGAAAGAGAUGAUAAAGUAAAGCCUGGUCACCUCCAGGAAAAAAAUAGACUCAGAAGUCAAACCGAAGGACUAGCACCUAAACAGAAAUCUAAGGAGGAGCCAGACAGAGAUGCGAGGCCCGGAGGAGCUCAGGCUGAAAUGAAUGAAGGAGAAGACAAAGAUGAAAAGAGGCACAAAAGUGAACCCAAAGAUCUAGCUAGCAAACGGAAACCAGAAGAAAAAGAACCUGAAAGAGUAAAACCACAAGUUUCUGAUGAGAAAGAUGAGGAUGAAAAGGUAACGAACACACAUGGUAAACACAACAGCUCGACAUGGUAA